AUGAGCGGCGCCUUCCCGCCAGGCCCCCGCGCUUCUGUCGAGCUCGCCCUCUCCCCCUCGUCCGCGUCCCCCAGCUCGCGGCACUCGGGCGUCCAGCUCCACGGCCACCGCCCGACAGUGCGCGUCCUGUCCUCGGAGGAGGACCUCGCCACUCGCCCGCUGUCCACCUCAACAAGGGCACACUCGCCCUGCCCCGACCAGGCGCUCAGCUCGCGGCCAGCCGAGCAGGCGCCCCUCAGCCCGAGCCUGAAUGGCCUCGCCGUCGCGUCCAACGGCCUCCCUCUUCUCAGCGCACAACGGCGCGCCAGCAGCGGCGGCUCGGCGAGCGGCGCGGACGAGUACGGCGCGGCGAGCGCACGAGGCUCGUACGCCCAGGCGCGGUCGCCCUCGCCCUCGUUGCGCCCGUUCAGCGGCUCGUCGAGCAGUUGGGCACCGCGCGACGACGACGAGGCGGCGAGGCAACACGGCGCGAGGUCAGCGAUGUCGUCGCCCAACGCCCUCUCGCCUCGUCCUCGGCAGCACGGCCCCGUCAUCACGCGCGUGUCGAGCCCGAUGAACCCCUCCUUCUCGCCCACCGACGCUCCUCUCGACAGCCUACCGCCUCAGCGUUCCCUCACACCCUCACCCUACCUCGCCGCGCGCCCGUCCUCGCGCGCGAGCACCUUCACCCGCCGCUCCUCGACCGACCUCCUCUCGACCCUCGGCUCGCCGCGCCUGUCCACCGCGCCUCUCUCCGAGGACGACGUCGCGACCGACCUUGCGACAGGCGGCGCGCUUGCUCGAGAGCACCUCGCGACGGCGCGACGAGCGAGCGAGGACAGCCUCGCGUCGGUGCGAGUCAGAAGCCCGCUUUCGGCCGUCGACCUCCCACCUCCGCCACCGAGCUCGUCUGCGCCGUACGAGCCUCGGCCCUUCACGUCGCUGCCCGUCGCCUCGGCGCGCGCCUCGCCCCUUCCCACCGUCGCCGCACCACCCGCUCCCGCCCCGACAUCUCGCCGCACCGCCGCCGCCGCACCCGGCCACAACCCCCUCCUUCACGCGCCGCUCACGCCUAUCCUCUCGCCGCACACGUCGCGCCCUGUGCGCAACUAUCGCCUCCACGACGGCCGCAAUCGGUAUUUGUGCGGCGGGCGCCUCAUGACGGGCGGCGACAGCGUGCUGCCGCUCGUCGGGUCGCUCGCCGUCGCCGUCGUGCUCCCCGCCGCGUGGUGGGUGUUCAACGGGCAGUUCCUGUGGGAGAGCUGGGGCGGCAAGGGCAAGGCGAGCGUGCUCGUGUUCGUCUACGCCGUCGCCGUCAUGUGGACCAGCAUGCUCAAGACGGCCUUCUCGGACCCGGGCAUCCUCCCCCGCGACCUCGACCCGGCGCCGCCGCGCAAGUGGGUCCUGCGCUCGGCCUCGCAAGGAGGCGAGGGCUCGGCGAGUGACGGCGAGUGGCAGGUCGAGGCCAAGUGGAUCCGGGUCAAGGGCGGCGGCGUCGUCGCGAGCAAGUGGUGCGAGACGUGCAAGACGUGUCGGCCGCCGAGGACGAGCCACUGCCGCCUGUGCGACAACUGCGUCGAGCGCACCGACCAUCAUUGCGCCUUCCUGAACGCUUGCAUCGGUCAGCGCAACUACCUGUCCUUCAUCGCCUUCCUCCUCUCGGCCGUCGUCGCCGGCCUGUACUCGCUCGCCUUUUCGGCCUACCACAUCUCGCGACGCGCCUCGGCCUCGCAGCUCCGCCAAUGGGACACGAUCGGGUCCAUCGUCGUGCUCGUCGCGACGCUCGCGUUCCUCGUUCCGGUCGGCGGGCUCGCCGCGUACCACGCCCGGCUCGUCUGGACCAACCGCACGACGAUCGAGAUGCUUCGCCCGGCCAUUGCCCGAGCCGCACUUUCGCCGCUCACGUCCGAGCCCGUCGCCGCCAACCCGUGGGAGCGUCGCUCGGGCUUGCGCAACGUCCUCGCCGUCUUUACGCAGCUCGAGUUCGCCCUGCACUCGACGGUCGACCGGCCGGCUUCGACCUCGCCGCUCCUCGAGGCCGACCUGCAAGCAGCUUCUGCCGACUCGAUCAAGGACGGCCUUCUCCUCGACCCUCAUCGAGACGUACGGCUCGUCCGCUCGUCAAAGCUCUUUCCCUGGGCGCCGAGCACAAGCCUGCAGGCGUUCCUGUGGCGCAUGUCGAGCUCGUACGAGCGCGGUCUCGAGCGCGAGUUCGUGUCGGCUCCGGGCGAGGAGGACGAGGACGAGGCGGCGCAGGGCGAGCGAGCAGCGUAUCGCGAGGUCGAGGCGCGGCUCGGAAGGGGGGCUCAUGCGUGGGAGGCUUUCGAGAUCGUCGAGAAGGACAUGGCUCGGCUCAAGCACGAGCACCUUUCCGCCGCCUUUCACUCGCUCGUCCUGCCUCGCCCUCUCGACGACGCCCUGUACCUCGCCUCGACCCUGCGCGACAAGCUCGCACCCUUCGAGCUCGCCGACCUCGCGCUCAACUGCCUCCUCGAGCUCGUGCAGGCGCGAGCGGGCGAGAUGGCCUUUCGCGGCACCUGGCCGGCGCACGUGCCUCAGCCGAGCGAUAAGAUGCUCAGCCUGCCUGACGAGGUCGUCAAGGACCGGCUGCUGCGGUACUGGCGCGAUGGCGA